AUGGCCAAUAAGAAAGAAAUUGAAAUAUUAAUGGUGGGCCUGGAUAAUGCAGGCAAAACUAGACUACACUAUACCCUCAAAGAGGGUCCCAUGGUUAAUCUAAUAACCACAUUGGGUUAUAAUGUUGAAACUAUCGAAUAUAAGGGACAACAAUAUACCAUUUACGAAAUUGGUGGCCUCAAUACCGUACGAAUCUUACGGAAUUUUUAUACUGAAAAUAAAUCAAUUGUUAUUUAUGUCGUUGAUGUGGCCGAUAAGGAACGUUAUGCAGAAGCCCAAGAAGAUCUGCACAAUGUAUUUGAAACGAAUGAGAAUUUAAGUGAUGCUAUCUUAUUGGUCUUGGGUAACAAAAUUGAUUUGUUACCGGCAUUUGAUGUCAAUUGUUUGGUGGAUAUUUUAAAAUUGCCAGAUUUAAAACAAAAAUGGAAAUUGUUGGGAAUUUCUACGCUGAUGGAUGGUCGUGAUGAACUAUGUAAAAUAUUUGAUGUUAUAUUGGAAAUGUUACCAAGUGAAAAUUGUCAUGUUGAUGCUGAAUAA